UUCCAGCGAUCGUCAGAUCGAUAACGAUUCAGACUCGAUCCCCACGAUCCUCUUCCCGGCCAGUGCAGUGCAAAUACACAUGUCGCAUAUUCGUCGUGGCAACACCCGGACGGACAAAAAGAGAAAAGAGCGCGGCAGCAAAUAAUUAGUCAGCCUCUGCCUCUCUCUCUCUCUCUCUCUCUCUCUCUCUCUCUCUCUCUCUCUCUCUCUGUAGGCCAGCACUCUCGACUCUCGCGCGAGCGCGGCAGCUCAUUAAAGAUACGAAGGCGCACCUGGCCGCAUCCGCAUAGCGUGCGCGAGCUUUUCCCUUCGCUCUCGCCUCGCGCGCGCACCAGUCGACUCGCAGCCGCAGCGAUCGCGCGAUGCCACGCUGAAGGAUGUACACGGUGCACGUGACAAGUCGUUCGGGAGGUGAUGGAGAGGCUCGGAGCUCCGACGUACCCGACAGUGAGAUUGUUUACAAACAGCGUAAAAAGGAUUCCAUACCACUGAGAGUUUUCAACUUCAUUAAGCAACGUUUCAAUCCGCAACCGGAACCUGAGCAGGAUGUUGAAGAUCUGGGAGGAGUUUUAGGGGGCUCGGGCACGCUGGGCUUCGGGCUGCUGCGCCACAGGCCCGAGGACCUGACCACGCUCUCGGCCAAGACGCGAUUCACGCGCAAGGAGAUCCAGAUGAUCUACCGCGGCUUCAAGCAGGAGUGCCCCACCGGCUACGUCGACGAGGACGCCUUCAAGCACAUCUUCUCGCAGUUCUUCCCGCAGGGCGGUGAGUGCUCGGCCGCGACCGAGCGCGCGCCUCGGCGACGCCCUCACCGCCGUUCGGCUGUUGCAGAUGCCAGCCAGUACGCGCACUACGUCUUCAACACGAUCAAGCACAAGCAGACCAGCGGCAAGAUCAACUUCGAGGAGUUCCUCACCAUCCUGUCCAACAUCUCGCGCGGCACGGUCGAGGACAAGCUCCAGUGGGUCUUCGGCCUCUACGACCUGGACGGCGACGGCAUGAUCAGCAGGCACGAGAUGAUCGACGUGGUGGGCUCCAUCUACGAGAUGCUCGGCAGGUACACCACGCCCCACAUCGCCGAGCCCCAGCAGGCGGCGCGCGAGCACGUCGACCGCAUCUUCCACCUGAUCGACGCCAACAAGGACGGCUUCGUCACCAUCGACGAGCUCGUCCAGUGGUGCUCCAAGGACGAGCACCUGCUGCGCAGCUUCGACACCCUCGACACCGUGCUGUAGACAACGUGUGCCAACGUGCCAAAGCGUCGGAGACCGACGAAAGCUGUCUCGCCGCGAACGCAGCGCGAUCGACCAUUCGCCAUCAACGAACGGGGCUGCUGCGCAAGGAUUCUCUCGACCCGGAGACCAAAGUACGGACCGCGUCGCACUCUCAGCGAGGCUUCGCGUGCCCCGCGUGCGCAGGUAUUUUUCUUAAAAAACUGAAUGAACAAACCAUGCAAGACAAAAUAACGAUGAUAAUAAAGAGACGCCGCUACAUUGCAAGUUAAUAUCAUUCUAAUCUUACACCGCGUCGCUAAAUUCGCGCGUAUAGUCUUAGCAAGUUUCUCCGAUCUACAUUUAAUGCUCUGAGUGUGAUUACCUUCUUCCAAACCUCUUUGAUUUUCACGGACAAAACAGAACGAUCUAAUUGUGUCUUACUGGAAAAGAAAAGCAAACGAAAAAAAAACCUCUAUCUUCCAAGCAACAAUUUUCGCAAGAGAUUAUACAUAAAUAUAAGGUCGUUGUCGUAAGCGAAAUUUUUUAUAUAGUUGAGACAAAGAAAAAGAAAACACAGCCUAGAUACUCUUUCGAUACUAUAGCUAAGAGAAAAGGAAAUCUCACGUACCUGAGUCGUCGUUAUAUUAGUCGCGUAAGCCACCGCGUAGCGUCUCCUACUGUAGGUAGCAACGAUCAUUGUACAUAAGAAAAGCCCACCGACGGCGUAUCGUACCUGAUCAAGAAAGCAAAAAAAAAACAGAAAAAAGAAAAAAGAAAAAACAAAUAAAUAAGUGAAAACUCGCGCGCGCGUGCAAAACAAUGGACCCAUCCAGUCUUUCAAGAGUUCGACGAGAAUAACGCGUACACGAAGCAAAGCGAGAAGCGCAGCGACAAAACGGACGUGGUCGCCACGACACCACGCGACGAGGCAAGCCAACGGCCACGCCGCGGCGAUUGACGCGCCCGGCCGCGAGACAGCGUCGCGGCCGAUCGAAGAUUAUUGCCCAUUUCGCGCUGCCGCGCCAAAGCCGGCAUAUUUAUCUCGGGCGCGCUGAGGCUAAUCAAUCGGGCGCGGCGUCGAUCGCUCUCCUCGGCGGGAGGCUUUCGACUCGAGUACGCUCUCCGUAUCGCGCAUCGAUUGGAGCGUUCGUGUUCAGCGAGCUCCCGCUGAAAAUGUAAAUUCACUCCCGAGCACGAGGCAACAAAGAAAAAGCUCGAAGGCGGCGCUAACGAAGCGGCGACGGCGCCGUCGAUCUAUCCGAGCUCGGUCCAGAGUAACCCGGCAGUUAAUCUCGUAUAGACGGCGCCGGCAAGAGCGGAAGCUGUUGGGAACAACGUCGGUCGGAGGCUCAAUACAAUGUCGCUGGCGGACCUUUGGCUUGCCUUCGUACGCGCGCGCGACUCGCGUGAUUAUAUCUGCUAAGCAGGCUUCUCGCGGCUCCGUGUAGCAAUGUACAAUCUUCUCUCCCGCCCCUCUUUCUUUCUCUUCUUCGCGCGAGACGACGCAGAACGCCGCAGUCGCGAGAGAGAACGACGAACGGCUUUCCCUCGGUAGGACAAAUAACGUAAGUGUUUCAGGUAUUACAAUAGUUUCUUUUGCCAAAAAGCGUAAAUAAACAAAAUGAAUUCCGUGUAUCGCGUAAGUGUACGAAUGCGGUGCGCGUACGAAGAGACGCCGCCUCCCCGUCGAGCUGUGCGUGCGUGCGUGCGUGCGUACGCGAGCUGCGGAACGUCGAAGCCUCGCACCACCGCUGCCCGCGCAUACGUAAGCGUGCUCGGCGCGGCUGGAGGCGCGGAGACCGACCUACAUUCGGCCAAACGAGCCAAGGCGCCGAUAGCCGCUGAAAAGACAAAAGGCUAAAGAAAAAUCUAAUGAUCGACGAACCCGCGAAGGUUUCGCAGUUUGUAGGUCGUCGGUGGAGCGAGAGCGUGCGUGGCGUCGGGCUGCCUUCCUGCGGCCUCGCGCUGUCACGUCGGAUGGGAGAGCGAAGAUGCUGAGUUAAGGGAGGGCGCAAUCGAUGUAGCGUGCGCAAGAGUUGUUUCUCCGCGAGUGUGUGCGACGGCGAAUGACUUUUUUUUUUUUUUUUUUUUUUUUCUUUCUUUACCCGUUCGUCUUUCUACAUUAUAAGAAGCGUUAUACAAGUACCGUUCUUCGAAAUGUAUCUUAGGGUUAUGGAUUAAGAGGAGGUACGUUUUAGGAUUUGUCAGCAGCGCGAGUUUGUCGAUUUUACAGAAUAUGUAGAAAUAUACAUAUGUGUAUAUAUACAUACAUACAUAUAUAUACACGCACGGAACGAAAAAAAUUUUACAAGGCUGCAAAAUAAAAAACAAUUUACACAAUCGAGAUAUAUAUUAGGUAAUGUUAUAAAUACGAAUUUAACUGAGAAGGAGAGAGGUUUAUCUGUAAAUUCUAAUUGUUAAAGAAGCAACUUUCAGCUCUAAUAUAAUUGUAUUGCACUGCAUCCCUAUGGGGGAAAAAUUGCGUUUUUUUCGUCGCGACUGUUGCGCACCCCGCCUCUGCGUGUACACGUACACAGAUAGCUAUACGAAAUGCAUUUGAUCCCCGGAAGAGCGAUGGCAAGCGCGCCAGAGGAAAUUCUCUCUUUUUUUGUUGUUCUUUGCGAACAGGCUGAUUAUAUCGCACUCUCGUAAUUUAAAAUUGAGUCUGUAAUCGAGGUACGUAUAAAGUAAAAGAUAAAAACAAAAGGCAAGCGUCGAAUUCUAAUGUCAUGCAUUCUCUACAAUAAAUAUUUUAUUG